AGUUUUGAGUCUUUGAUCAGUUGAGCAGCUUAAGAAAAAUACCAGAAUGGACUCCGGCGAGCAGGGUGAGACCUCCAAGGCCCCCCUCAGCAGGGGGGUCAGUAAAGGAGUGUCCAUGCUGGACCUCAUACUUCGCGUCAUUGCGGUCAUCGGCACCCUUGCGAGCGCCAUUGCCAUGGGGACUACCAAUGAGACGCUUCCUCUGUUCACGCCGUUCAUCCAGUUCAAAGCGCGAUACAGCGAUCUCCCGGCUCUCACGUUCUUCGUGGUGGCAAAUUCUAUUGUGAGCGCCUAUCUCAUCCUUUCGCUCCCACUGUCAAUUGUGCACAUAAUUAGGAGCGGGGCUAAAUAUAGCAGGCUGGUCUUGAUCAUUUUCGACGCGGCAAUGCUAGCUCUGGUGACCGCAGCGUCAUCUGCAGCAACAGCUAUUGUCUACUUAGCACACAAGGGUAAUGUCAGGGCAAACUGGCUUGCUAUAUGCCAGCAGUUGGAUUCUUUCUGCGAGCGUACCUCUGGCUCCCUGGUUGGCUCGUUUGGAGCCAUGGUUCUGCUGAUACUGCUCAUCUUACUCUCAGCUAUGGCCCUAGCCAGGCGCUAGACCGAAUUAUCCAUCAUUUGCUCCCUGAAGUAUAAGUGUGAUAUCCCAGCAAAAAAAAAUAUAUGUGUGAUAUGGGUGGUUCUUGUACUUGCUUCCUUCAUGUGGGCCUAUUCUCUUGCUACCAUCUUCUAUAUUGUGCACCGCCUUGACGGUGUUGCUUCGUUUGUAUCGGCCUUUGUACUUCUUAUACAGUUUUUACAGAAAUAAAUGUCAUGGAUUGAGUACUAUA